UUGCCAUCGGAAUGUACAGCGUGCUCCACCAGAUUGCCCCGGCGACGAUCGCGCGCCGCCCGCGCAACUACUACGCCGUCCCCGAGGUAGGAUGCUCUUUGGCUCGCAGGCCAUCACGCGUGCGUAGGUCUGUCCGUUCGUAGCGACGCCCAACAUCCGCUUUGAGGUUGCGCUGGCCGACGAGACGAUGGUGCUUGGGGACAGCCGCGUGUUUCUCGUCUUUGGCACUGCUGCGUCGCCCAAGGACGGCAUGACGUCGGCGCAGUCGGCCUUCUUUGCCCAAGACGUGGUCGACGUCCGCUCGGUUAUGUUUGACGCAGCGGCGUUUAGCGUGCCGGGGGCGCUGGGCUUUGUGCCGCCGAGCCUCGCUGGCUUCACCGCCGACAAUUGCUACGUCCAAGCGUUCAUCAAUGCGAAUCCGCUCGACCCGGAUCCGAUGACGUGCCCGGGCAACCUGUACAGUGUACCGACGCGCCUCGACUGGUCGAGUCUUCGCGCCGACGCUCCUACCGUGCUGACGCUCACAGCAACCGAGACGGUCGACGCUACGCCCGAGCCGCCAACAUCGGAGGUUCUGCACAAGAUGACGAUUACGAGCCAGCUCCUGACCGCGCACCAUGGCCGCCGUAUCGACAUGAUGGCUGCGAUCACGCUGCCGCCGCAGUAUGACCCAGCGACCGCCUACCCGACUGUAUACAGCAUUGAAGGGUUUGGUGGCACCGAGACGUACAUGCAGCGGGCGCAUGCGUUUCUGGAAAGCGACAUGGGUCUGCGCUGGCAGGCAGGCACGUGGCCAGAGGUGCCGAUGGUGCGCAUCGUCCUCGGCUCGCGCAUGACGUACGGCCACACGUCGUUUGCCGACUCGGAAACCAACGGCCCGUGGGCCACCGCGCUGAUCACGGAGCUCCUUCCAGCAAUCGAGGCCAAGUAUCCGUCGCACGGACGCUACCUGAUGGGCCAUUCGUCGGGUGGCUGGUCGACGCUCUGGCUGCAGCUGCAGUACCCCAAUGUCUUUGAUGGGACGUGGAGCAGCGCGCCCGACCCCGUCGACUUUACGUGCUUUCAGUUGGCCAACAUUUACCAAGACGACAACAUCUACUGGGACCCCUAUGGGCGCCAAGUGCCCAUGAGUCGCGAGCUUCCUUGGCUCACGGCCAAGCUGGCCAACCACAUCGAGUGGGUUUACGGUCGCGCGAAUGGCGGGCAGUGGGACGCCUUUCCUGCCAUCUUUAGCCCCCGACGCAGCGAUGGCACACCAGCGCCGCUCUUCGACAAGGUUACGGGCGAGAUUGAUCGUGAAGUUGCCUUUGCGUGGAAGCGCUUUGACAUUUGCCGUCUCUUAAGAGCGCAACCCGAGCUACUGAGCACGACUUUGGCAGGCAAGAUCCACGUUGUGUGCGGCCACGAGGAUACGUACUACUUGGACCGCGCGUGUCGCAAGCUCCAAGUGCUCGUGCACGCGCCGGCGUCGCAAGAGAGCGGCAACUACGUGCACAUGGUCCCCGGCAACCACAGCACCAUCAAGACGCAGGCGCUGUUUGAUGGCUUUUUUGCCGAAAUUGCCGCCGCCCAUCGCCAGAAAUACGAGUCCAAGUAGAUAACCCUAAUCGUUGAGAUAACCCUA